AAAAAAAUCAAAUUUCUCAUACAAGUGAAAUGUGUGCAAGUUUUCUGGCUCAGAGAAGCCUCUUGACCAGUGAAACUUGGGUUAAGUGAGAGUCUGGUUGUAGAGUGGUCAGUGUUGCCAUAAAACAUCGGCUAGUUUUUCUACUAAGCCUUGAGAGUCACGUCUGCUAGCAGCGUGGAAAGCAGGACGAGAGAACAGCGACACCAAGGGGACACCACUCUCUCUAGUCAAAUGACAUAACCAGACGAUGAGGACUCGAAUAUUCAAACAUUUACGAAACUCAAGAGUUUACUUUGCGCUUAUCACUCUGAUUGCACUGUUCUUAGCUUCAACGCUGAUUUUAGUUGGUACAUUUAGCGGAGAAUCGAACACUAGACGUUUGGAAUACAACCAUGACUGCGAACGAAAUGAAUGUACAGUCUUCUCUCUACCACUCUUUCCUAACCUCAAGACAGAGGUUGAGGUCGACAACAGGCUUAUUGAGUUUUCUACUUUGGACCUGACCAGCCGAAAGGAAGUAGCAGACAUUCAAUUUCCGUUACAACAGAAUGCCCAAAACGUCGUCCAGGUUUUCACGCAACACGAGCAGACGAGUGAAACUAUUUUAGCUGCUACCACUAUAAGGCAUGACAAAGUCAAUGACACCAGGACUACGGAUGUGGCGAAUGUAACAGAAAGACACUUGCUGUUAAGAGAGCGCUGUGACGCUGAGAAAAAGAAAGUAAGCCGCCGUCCUACGAGCAGUAAGCUCAAAGUUCUUCGACUACCUUCUCUGAUUGUAACGACAUGCAAUCCAAAACUGUUCUUCUGUCCCAUUGCCAAAGUUGGUUCCACAUUCUUCACGAGGUAUCUAAUGAUGCUGAAAAACCCAGAAAAAAUUAAGUCGCCCUUUUAUAUUAAAGUGCAGGAUGCAAAACAAUCACAUAUUGAGAACUUACGUGCUUUAAAGAAGACGAGGCGGAUGGAAGACUUCGUUAACUUGGCUUUCAAAUUCCUUUUUGUACGGAACCCUUACUGGAGAAUAUUCUCUGCUUAUAUCGACAAACUCUAUUCUCCUAACCCUUAUUACUGGAAGGCGUGGGGGCGAUACGCCUUUUAUGGGAAACCCAAACCCAAGUGUUUGGUGGGAGACUCGUUCAGCACUUUUGUCACGUCUGUCAUUCGACGCCUUCACCAAAAAGAUUUCCAUUUAAUUCCCAUGAACAAAGUGUGCCAACUGUGCGAAAUAAAUUGGGACUUCGUUGGCACCAUGGAGGACUCGGUCCGCGACAUCGAGGAGCUGUCCAGGCGGCUAAAAGUGAACGCCUCGUUUCAACACAGUCCUGGUUACAGGCUGGCCACGGCACUGGACAUCAUUGAAGACGCCACAAAAGAUGUUUUCUUCUCCUGGAGGGAAGACAUUCUCAAGUGUAUGACGAUGUACGAUGCUGGGAGAAUCAUCUGGAGGAAGCUUCAGAUCAGGGGAGUCAUCUACAACAGCUUGCCAUUCCCGUUCUCCGAGGACGAAAUGAAAACCAUGGAAGCGGAGGAGUUCCAGCAAGCCUGCAGAGAUGCAGCGGAAAGAUCUACCAACGUGGCUCGGCUGAAGUCCCAGAAGCAUACGGCAUUUCAAGUAGCAUACCAGUCGAUAAAGAAAACUGACCUGGAGGCUCUCCGGAUAGUGUAUGAUUUGGAUUUAAGACUAUUAGGCUAUCCUCCCUUUCCAAUCCUAAUAAACAGUACGUCCAAAAACUACAGUAUAGACAUUUUGAAUUGGCGGAAGCCCUGGUUAUCGUGACAGUCUUGUUAUUUAACCAUUUAUUAUUUCGUAUUUGAUGUCAUAAAUUUGUUUAAAUAAUCAAUGAUCGACAAAUCCAGUUUUAGAUGAAGUAGGCCUCAACCAGAUCCCUGUUAGAUACAGAUUCUAAAUUGUUUAGCUGGGCCCAUGAUAAUGGAUUGGAAAUAAAAGUUUCAUUGUAAAGAAAACAAAAAGUAAAGUUCCCCUUUCAGAUCUUGUGGUCUAUAGGGCUGUUUCUGUGGCCUACGAUUAAAGAGGUUGUCAUGUGGCCAGCACAACGACCAACAGCCUUUACUUUUCCCCAACUAAUGUCAAGUACCCAUUAGAGCUGGGUAGACUCAGAGCGCCCAAAGAUCCCAAAAUUAAAAAUCCCAGUCCUCACCCAGGAUUCAAACCCGGGACCCCAGGUUCGGAAGCCAAGCGCUUUACCGCUCAGCCACCGCACCUCCACCUGGUUUCUUUGGCUUGAUAGAAAUACAAAACAAAGUCUUUGAGAAUAUCAAUCUGAAUGAAGCUCGCGUUGUGUUCAUUGAUUAGAUACUUCUCUUUUGAAGAAUGUCGGUGGAGACUGAUUAUUUACCUCGUGUGGCUAAAGACGCCAAUGCUAGAAAAACAAAGUUGGUUGAAAUGGAUUCAAGAGGUACCAUUGUGAUUUAAAGAGAUACACUUUUUUGUGCAUUUACACUUAUUUUGUGUAUAAUAUAUAUAAAAUAUAUAUAUCAAGAGGACCUAUUCGGUACCAUUUUCUCCCAACUGUUGGUAUCAAUGUGAGGAUUUUUUUCAAGACCAUCACAUAUCUGGUUCUACAAGUCUAAAAGGAAAUAUUCAGUCGCCGUGCCAUCAUUCAAUGACAAACUCUAUAGUGAAAAUAUUUUUCAAGUCAACCCUGUGGUAUUCAGUGUGCAUGAUCAAGGCACUGUUGGUAGUUGAUGGUAAAUAGGUACGACUCACAUGUAAAUAGACAGAUGUAGGCUUGCUGUUUGUGUGUGUGUAUUCAUUGUAAUGCCUUCUGUUGUUGUUUGUUUUUUAACUCAACGAUUGUUAUAAAAAAAAUGUUUACUUUGUGGUAUCUAAAGAUUGUAUUUACCAUAGAGCUAUAAAUAAAAUUGAACAACCAAUA